AUGGCACCCAAGAAGAACAGUGAAGCAAAUAAAAAGCGUGUGUCUGAUCUCGCUGCCAUGUUUGAGAUGCCAAAAUCGACCAUGUGUACGAUUCUGAAAAAUAAAGAAGUGAUAAAAGCAGCUGGUGUGGCAAAAGGUGUUACGACUCUGACCUCUAAGACAUUGAAGUUUAUAGAGGAGGUGGAAAAACUCCUCUUCGUGUGGAUAAACGAAAAACAGUUGGUUGGUGAUCCCAUCUCUGAGGGCAUAAUUUGUGAGAAAGCCAGGCUUCUGUAUGCUGACCUUAAAAAAGACGUGCCUGGAAGUAGUGCUGAUAGUGAUGAGUUUAAGGCUAGUACGGGGUGGCUUGAAAACUUUAAGAAGAGAACAGGGAUCCACAGUGUUGUUAUGCAUAGAGAGGCUGCUAGUUUGAAUGUGGAUGCAGCGGCAAAUUUUGUGAAGAAAUGUAGUGAGUUUGUGAACACUGUGGCACAACAGGUGUUCAAUUGUGAUGAGACAGGCCUCUUCUGGAAAAAGAUGCCAAGGAAGACCUAUAUAACUAAGGAAGAGAAGUCUUUACCCGGCCAAAAGCCAAUGAAAGACAGGCUUACUCUCUUGUUGUGUGGUAAUGCUAGUGGAGACUGCAAGAUAAAACCUUUGAUUGUGUACCACUCAGAGAAUCCACGUGUGUUCAAAAAGAAAAAUGUUAUGAAGAGCAAGCUUAAUGUUAUGUGGAGGGCAAACAUGAAAGCAUGGGUUACCAGGCAGUUCUUCACUGAGUGGAUUCAUGAGGAGUUUGUCCCUUCUGUGAAUGCUUAUCUUGAGGAAAAGAAUCUACCCCUGAAGGUUCUUCUUGUGAUGGACAACGUUUCUGCUCAUCCUCUAGGCUUGGAAGAAGAUUUGGUGGGUGAACAUAGCUUCAUCAAGGUGAAGUUCUUGCCCCCCAAUACACUCCUCUCAUCCAGCCCAUGGACCAGCAAGUUAUCUCAAAUUUCAAAAAACUGUACACCAAGGCUAUGUUCCAGAGAUGUUUUGAGGUGACAAA